AUUCACCCGACUCUAUUUAAUCUGAACACGCGCGUAUAAAAGCUUUCCGCCGGAAACGUCACGUCCUCUUCAAGUGAUCCAACAUGGCGGACCAGGGUGAAAAGAAGGAGAACCCCAUGAGAGAGCUCCGCAUCCGCAAGCUCUGCCUGAACAUCUGUGUGGGUGAAAGUGGCGAUAGGCUGACCAGAGCUGCCAAAGUGCUGGAGCAGCUCACCGGCCAGACACCCGUCUUCUCCAAGGCCCGCUACACUGUGAGAUCCUUCGGUAUUCGCAGAAAUGAAAAGAUUGCUGUCCACUGCACCGUCCGUGGAGCCAAAGCAGAGGAGAUCCUGGAGAAGGGACUCAAGGUCAGAGAGUAUGAACUGAGAAAGAACAACUUCUCUGACACUGGGAACUUCGGCUUCGGCAUCCAGGAGCACAUCGAUCUGGGCAUCAAGUACGACCCCAGCAUCGGCAUCUACGGGCUGGACUUCUACGUGGUUCUGGGCAGACCCGGCUUCAGCAUCGCUGACAAAAAACGGAAAAGAGGCCGCAUCGGUUUCAGGCACCGCAUCCGCAAAGAGGAGGCCAUGCGCUGGUUCCAGCAGAAAUACGACGGCAUCAUCCUGCCCGGCAAGUAAAGGAACGCCUCUUUUUCUUGUUUGUAACAAAGUAAUAAAAAAAGAAAAAAGAAGAAACUGUUCUGGUCUUCUUUUAAUGUAACUACUGGGUCUUUCUCUAUACCAUUAUCCAGAUGUGGAUGAAAUGGAGUUUGUUAAUCUUCCUUUAAACUGUCAGAGUUGGGGUUAGUUCAGAGAUCUGGUCUGUGAAGGUUAGUUUGAGAUGUGAGAAGAAAAGAGCAGAAUCAGCCUGUUUUGGUCAGAUUGUUUUAUUCGGUGAAACUCCACAGAAACCGUUUAGAACAGAAAUUCAGCCGAGUUUCAAACUCCUCCAAGAGUUUCACCAGUUGUGUUUUAGAUUAAAUAAGUCACAUUUUCAGGAAAACUACCUGGAUUUUUCUUCAAUUUUUUUUCUAAUUUUAUAAAUCUUUCAGGUGAAUCUUUAACCCUCUAAAUCAGGACAUUUUUACAUUUAUUACUAUGUAUUUAUCCUACUUUUCUUAUUCCUCUAACACCUUUGCACUUAUAAAACGUUUAUUUGAAGCUCUACAUUUAUGGUUUCUCAGUUAUUUUUGUCACAGUUUCGACGCUGUUUCUCACAUUAAAGAAGUAAAUCAAACCCAGGCGGUCUGGAUACGUUCAGCUGGAACGUUCUGGGCUCACUGAUGACAAAUCGACACUAUCAAGUGCUGCAGUCGUCUGCGCCUUAACCAGCUCGUCUGCAUCCAUCACAUCACCGCCCUUCCCUCCACCCUUCCUCAUCCUCCACCUGCUCACCCACCUUUGCUCCAUCUAUUUGAAAUCCCUCUGAAACCUCCUUCCUGGACCUCGCGGCCUCCUUCCCUCCUGAAAACCAGCUCAGAUCAAUCGCCCCUUUUUUGGGGGGUGGCUCUGCACCUGCUGCGCCUCAUUUCUAAUUGGGUCCUUUUUUUAUUCUGCAGACUUGUGGAAAGCAUCGACUGACAGAUCCAGACACUUCCUGCCUGUUAAAGCUCAAUAAGAAAGUUACAAAUGUAUAAAUAGGUUAAGGAUCCUCUUAAACUUGCCCUUUUUUUAACCUUUCUGGCUCAGCUCUAAGGAUAUGUACUGUUUGUGUUUACAGCUGUUUUUUAACAUGUUUACAUCCCUUUUUUGCAUCCUUUUUUUUUUGGUGUAAACUGAGAUAAUUUUGUAAAAUGAGGGUUUUCUUUGCGUUGCUGCUGGCGUCCGUCUGCUGAGCAGAAAAAGACAGGAUCCAGAUGUGGUCCAGGGGUGGAGCCGCCGGCCCUAGGCGCUGGCGGGCUGCUGCGGUGGCGGGGGGGCGCUGCCCUCGGGGCCCCGGCCGGCCUGGGGCUGCUCCUCGGGGCCGCGGGUGUUGCGG